GUAAAAAUAGUAAGAAAACGACGCUCGGAUAUGUUUUGAAGUAGUCGUAUAAGAACGAGUGACAAAUUCAAGGCACUUUACUACGCACGAUAUUCGCCAAGUUCAGCUUUGUCAACGCAACCGUAAAACCACCCAACGUCUAUCCACAAAACAUUUCUAUCUUUUCUCUUGAGAGAGAAAGAGAGAGGGAGAGAGAGAGAGAGAGAGAGAGAGAGAGAGGGGGAGAGAGAGAGAGAGAGAGAAGAUGAGUCACAAGAACGAAAAAGAAUCAUAAAAAGAAAGCUAAGGGAAUAUGGUAGAGGGAACGCAGACCUCCAUUGCCACGUGGUGUCCCAUAUGCGAUAAACGUGUGAGCGAUAAAGGAAAAGACACCGAACGACUUUUAGGGCACGUUCGAAGGAAUCAUCAAAAAAUCUCUAUUCAGGGAUUGGAUAAUCACGGAAACGGUGAACAAAUAUUGAAAAGACAACAAUCAAAAGGCACAGGACAAGCAAAGCUUUCUGAUACGAAGGAAAAAGAUAGAAAGAGAAUCUACACGACCCGUGUGGAUACAUGGAAGUCGCACGACGAGAAAAAAAUCUGUCCUCAAUGCAGAAAGGAACUCGUGCCGGCAUUGCAUACUCGCAGACACAAUUUGACAACAUCUCAUAUUGCAGCGACAUGUCUUCUGGGAUUCUUUUCGACGGAGUGAAGUUAGAGCGAGAAGCGAAGAUGAAGAUCGAGAAGAAGGAGGAAGAAGAAGAAGAAGAAGAAGAAGAAGAAGAAAAAGUAGUAGUAGUAGAAGAGAAGGAAGCUACAGAAGGAGGUAGAAAUAUCUCACGGAGCUUUCCGCUUGGGCAUCAGCAUGCCGGAAAUCUCUCGUACGCACGAUAUCUGCCUUAACGCCUAACUAUCGAUUUCACUCCUCGCGAUCGUCUAAAAUCGAACGAUCCAAAUCCACGAAUCCUCUUUUUCAAUAUGUCUGUCGGAGUAAAGCCCUGCAAUUCAAACGAAUCGGAAGCUUUUUCUUGCGUGAAUGUACAAGUGUAAGUGGUAUGCACUUUCGUAUGACCGGACCAAGGAGGACAUCGCGUACUAGCAAAAAUUACGCUUCGUUGAACUUUCCCGGCUCGUGCGAUUCUAUUGAGAAAAGAGAGAGGGAUAGACAAAGAGAGAGAGAGAGAGAGAGAGAGAGAGAGAGAGAUUCAAGGGACGUGUUCUACAUAUCUAAAUAUCGAAUAGAGUGAAAAGCACUCGAGUCUUUGCUCAAUCGUCAGCGAUUUUUAAAGUUUCGUUAUUUUUAUCCUAUCGUUUACUCGUAAAAUAAAAUGUUUUGAUAAAUUUGAUAUAUACAUAUAUAUAUAA